AGAAACGUACACGUAGCGACUGCUAGCGGGUUAUUUAUAGCAAGUCACUUGAAUAAAAAUUUGUUAUAAACAAUACGCCCGUCUUUAGUUUCUGUUUCUUACAGUUAAAACCGAGUGCAGUUUUUACGUGGCUGUAAACAACAACAAAGGAUUGAAAAUGGGUAAAAUAAAGGCCGGAGCAGUCGUUGACAUAUUGGGCGACGAAAUGACCAGAAUAAUCUGGAACUCAAUUAAAGAGAAACUGAUUCUGCCCUAUUUGGACAUUGACCUCCAUGUGUACGAUUUGGGGAUGGAAAACAGAGAUAAAACCAACGAUCAAGUAACGAUAGACUGCGCCAACGCCGUUAAAAAGUACAAUGUUGGUAUUAAAUGCGCCACAAUCACCCCCGAUGAGAACAGGGUGGAAGAGUUUAAGUUGAAGCAAAUGUGGAAGAGCCCCAACGGUACAAUUAGGAAUAUUUUGGGGGGAACUGUGUUUAGGGAGGCUAUUAUUUGCAAGAAUAUACCGCGUUUGGUUAGCGGGUGGGAGAAGCCCAUUAUUAUAGGCCGUCAUGCACACGCUGAUCAGUACAAGGCGACUGACUUUUUGGUGCCUGGCGAAGGUAAAUUGGAGAUGGUGUUUACAGGUAAAAACGGGGAGGUUAUUCGCCAUACAGUCCACAAUUACGAAGGGGCUGGUGUCGCUCUGGGUAUGUUCAAUACAGAUGAGAGCAUUACCGCGUUUGCGCACUGUUCCUUCAAUUUUGCUCUGGACAGAGCGUAUCCUUUGUACUUGUCCACCAAGAACACCAUUCUAAAAAAGUACGACGGUAGAUUCAAAGACAUCUUCCAAGACAUUUACGAGAGAGAGUACAAGAGCAAAUUCGAGGCGAAAAAGAUCUGGUACGAGCACCGCCUGAUCGACGACAUGGUCGCGUACGCCAUGAAAUCGGAGGGCGGGUUCGUGUGGGCGUGCAAAAACUACGACGGCGACGUCCAAUCGGAUUCCGUGGCGCAGGGUUACGGCUCCCUGGGCCUGAUGACGUCCGUGCUCAUUUGUCCGGACGGCAAGACCGUCGAGUCGGAGGCGGCGCACGGCACCGUCACCCGCCACUACAGGCAGUACCAGCAGGGCAAGGAGACCUCCACCAACCCCAUAGCGUCGAUCUUCGCCUGGACCCAGGGUCUGCUGCACAGGGCCAAGUUGGACGGCAACGCCGAGUUGGCCAAGUUCGCCGACACUUUGGAGAAAGUGUGCGUCGACACCAUCGAGGCCGGUCACAUGACCAAGGACCUGGCCAUUUGCAUCAAAGGCAUGAACAACGUCCAAAGGUCCGAUUACAUGGAAACGUUCGAGUUUAUCGACAAACUGGCCGACAACUUGAACAAGAGAAUGCAAGUCUGACUGAAUUCAAAGCUAUAACGAUGAUUAUUUUUACACAAGCAAGCAUUUAUGUUGUUUUAUCAUAUUUGUCAGUGAUUUUGUUUAUUUAUCUAUUUUAAAUGUUGAAAGGUUAAGGCGUAUUUUUAAAUUAAAUGUAUUUUUUAUAA